UAACUCAAGCCUCAAAACAUUUCCCUUUUGAGCUUUGAUUAGUGUGUGGCCUAUUUGUUUUCUCAAUGAGAAAGGCUUCCACUUUGAAAUGCGCACUUUUGCGCUUCUUGCUUUCCUUCUUGCUGCUUCCAACCUUCUUCACUUCUGUUUUUGGGACAACACAAAUUUCAGGGAAUGAAGUGAACACAGACGGAAAGCAUGUAAAUGAAGAGCUAGCAAGACCUAGUCUAAAAGGACCUGAUGAAGAAGAAAAGUUCAAAGGAUUUUUUCCAAAACCAAUUCCAAUUGUUAAACCUGUUCCAAAGCUAAUCCCCAUAGUUAAACCUAUUCCAAAGCCAAUUCCUAUUGUUAAACCUAUUUCUAUCCCAGUUUAUAAGCCUAUACCAAAACCAAUUCCAAUCAUUAAGCCUAUUCCAACUGUUAAGCCAAUUCCUGUUGAAGAAGAAAAAUUCAAAGGAUUUUUUCCAAAACCUAUUCCCAUAGUUAAGCCAAUUCCCAUUGUUAAACCAAUUCCUAUUGUUAAGCCUAUCCCAGUUCCAGUAUAUAAGCCUGUACCAAAACUAGUUCCCAUUGUUAAGCCAAUUCCUAUUGUUAAGCCUAUACCAAAGCCAAUUCCAAUUGUUAAGCCAAUUCCCAUUCUUAAACCUAUUCCAAAGUCGAUUCCACUUGUUAAGCCUAUACCUAAACCAUUUGUAGUGAAAAAGCCCAUCCCAACUGUUGAGUCAGAGGAAUUCUUAAAACCAAAACCUUUCUUCAAAAAACCUAUUCCUAAACUACCACUUGAUCCCAAAUUCAAGAAACCACUUCUACCACCAUUACCAAUUCACAAGCCAAUUCCAACUCCAUAAAAUGAUAACACUCUACUUCCUCAAGCUAUAAAGUUAUCCCUAAUAUUUAUAAUGCCUCUCUCUAUAUAUACAUAGCUACACUGCAUCUCAACCUUAUUCAUAAUUUCAUAAUCCUUUUGCACCCUCUAUGUAUUGGUUUGGGAUAUGUGUAGUUAAUAUUUUCUCUUUAAUGAAGUUCUCAAUAUUAUCGUUUGUAAGAUUGAUUAUAUUUCGGCGGUAAUAAAUAUAUUGUUGUUGA